AUGGCAACCCAAAAUUCCACAUUCCGACUAAAUGCUAAGGUGGCCUACAGGCGACCGCACACAUUCCAAGUUCUGCGCCAGGACCUGCCCCCGAGAAAUGUCAGGUCCGGCGGCGCCUCCACGCGCGGAACAGACCAGGGUCUCGGCCAGACGCGACCCCCCGGGGUACGGCACGGGCGCGGCCUACGGCCCCCAGCCCGCCCUGCGGCCGCCGGCCUACAGCCCGGGGGUCCGAGCGCGGCCGAGGGGCUGCGGAGCGCGCAGGCCCCGCGCCGCCGCCCCAGGCCUUGCCGAGCCCCGGCCUCUCCCCGGCGGACUGCGGGCAACAAAGGCGGCGGCCCGCGCCCGGCGCGCGCGGCGGACGAGAGGCCGAGGGGUCCGGCCGGCGCGCGGCGGAAGCAGGCCUCAGUCCUCCCCAGCCCGGCUUCCCGGACGCCGCUCCCCGCCGGCCCGGCCCCCGCCCGCGGACCCGCGGAGGCGCGCAGGGCCUCACGCCGCCGGGACCCUCGCCGCUCCCCGCCGGGCGGCCUCCCCGACCCCCUCCGCGCCGGAGCCGCCCCGCCGGCCGGAGGAGAAGGGGCACCGCCGUGGCCGGUUCCCCGGGCCGCCGAGGAGAGGGGGCGGGAAGCCGAGCCCGGACCCAGCCUCCAACUCGGCUCCGCAGACGCUCACCCGGCGGCCGCCCGCUCCGCUUCCUCGCCCAGCGCCGGCGCGACUGCCGCGCUCGGCCCUCCUUCCCGCAACUCCUCCUCCCGCCUCCUUCCUCCUCCUCCUCCUCCUCCAGGAGGGGCGCGCCGGGCGCCGGCUCGAGCUGGAGCCGCAGCCGAGGAGCCGAGCCGGCCGCUCCGCGCCCACCACUCGGCCCGCGGCGCCGGCGGGCGUCGGCGCGGGAGGGUGGGCCGGUGGGGGCGGGGGUGGGGGCGUGCGGGGCGGGGCCGGGGGCGCCGUGGGGCCGGGGGGCCGGUCCCCGGCUCGAGUCGGAGUCCCGGCAUCUGCCCGCCCGGCGCGCCCCGCCCGCGCCCGCUGGCUCGGACGCUUGUCCGGUGCUGCCUCUGCCUUUGCAGCCUCCCCGCCUCGGCGGCCGGGCCGACGCGGAAAGGAAGAUGUCCUCGGCCCUCGGCCGCCGGCCCUGCCCUUGUCCCUGCGGUCGGGCGGCGGCCUCCACGCGGCCGAGACUUCAGGAUCAAGCGAUUCCUGGCCAAGAAACAAAAGCAGAAUCGUCCCAUUCUCCAGUGGAUUCCAAUGAAAACUGGUAAUAAAAUCAGGAGAGGAGCUCACACUGGAGAAAAUUGGGAGGAAGCAGGAUGGGAUACGGCAAGCAGCCUUCCAACCUUGUCCUGAUAUUCACGUACAUCCUCGCCAAAAGCACCCUCUGGGCCCCUGCGGGAAAGCUGUCCAAGUAAGCAACACUCCACGCUCUCAACACCCCUGUCACCUUCCCGCUGCCAUUCUGCUGCCUCCUGCCUUCCUGCCUUUGAGGAUCAGAAGUCCUCCACUCAUUCGAGGUUCCCUGUUUGGUACUUGUACUGGAUUGAAGAGUGUCCUUCCUGGAAUCUCAGAGUGUGACCUUGUUUGAAAGUGGGGUCUUCACAAAUGUAGUUAAGUUGGUCAGAGUGGAGUAGUGUGGGCCCUUCAUCCAAUUUGAUCGUUGUCUUUAUAAGAGGAGAACAGACACAAGAGACAGUCAUGCAGAGGGAAGACUGUGUAAAGACGAUCAGGGGGAAACCCCAGGAAGGCAGAGAUGGCAGUGAUGUGCCCACAAGCCAAGGAUUGCCAGCACUGCUGCCAACACCUGGAGGUGGAACAGGCGAGGGAGGAUCCUCCCCUACAGCCUUCAGGGAGAGUAUGGCCCUACACACACCGUGAUUUUGUACUUCUAGCCUCCAGGAACAGGAAAGGAGAUAUUUCUAUUGGGUUAAACACCCAGCUUGUGAUGCUUUGUUGUGGCAGCCACAGGGAACUAGUGCAGGAGUCCUAGGCCUGCCCGCCCCUCCGUCCUCACCCCUCCCACCCCUCCCAUCCACCCACCUGGAGGGCCUGUUCUCUGGAAUGAAGUCACUGAAAUCUCCUCCCAAUCAAAGCUCCUCCUUAUAGAGUUCCCCUAUUACUAGAGUCACCAUGGUUCCAGUUUGCCCAGGACAGUACCAGGUUAUAACUAUUGUUCCGGCACAAAUGUGAAUAGUGCCACCUUUCAUCCCAGAGGUGCUCCUGUUCAGAAAAUAAAUUCUGUGUUCACCCUGCCUUCCCCAUAAAGUACAAAAGAGUGACUCAGUUACUUGGCAUUCAAAGAGAGAGUUGGACCCAACCCAUUUCUCCCGCCCGGCAGUCCACUGCUUCCUCAUAUUACACUUUGCCCGGCCAAGCUGGGUAAGUCCAUCUCCAGACGGUCCCCACCCUGUGCCUUAACUCGUGCUUUUCUCUCUGCCUAGAAUGUUCUUCCAUCUCACCCCUGCCACCACACACACACACACACACACACACCCUCUGAUUAUUUCUAUAUAUUGAAAACCUUACUCAUCAUCAGUCAAUGUUCAGAUUGUCAGAAACGAUGUCACUCUAUAUAGAAACCCCACCUUGGGUUUUACAGCACAGGUCAUACUCUACCCUGAAUUGCAACAAUUCUCUCUUCUCCUUUGAGUGCAGAUGCUUUGUCUUAUUCAUCUUUGUGUUAUGCGACUAGCACCUUGAAUGAGAUUUUUUCAUACAGUAGGGACUCAAGACAUCUUUGAUAAAUAAAUAUGAAUAUUUCAUUCCUCUCUCCAUCCAUCUGAGAACAGUCCUUAAAGGUGCACUUUAAGGACUUCCCUGGUGGCGCAGUGGUUAAGAAUCCCCCUGUCAAUGCAGGGAACAUGGGUUUGAGCCCUGGUCCAGGAAGAUCCUACAUGCUGGGGAGCAGCUAAGCCUGUGUGCCACACUACUGAGCACAUGAGCCUAGAAUCCGUGCUCUGCAACAACGACAAGCCAUCACAAUGAGAAGCCUGUGCACCGCACCGAAGAGUAGCCCCCACUGGCCGAAACUAGAGAAAGCCCGCGUGCAGCGGCGAAGACCCAAUGCAGCCAAAAAUUAAUUAAUUAUUUAAUUAUUUUGUUUAAAAGAAGAUCCACUUUAAGAUAUAGGGGUGGCUGGUUUGUCCUUUGGGAAGUGACAAAUACCUGAUCUCCAGAGCAUAAUUAUGCGGACAAAAAAAUGUUGCCUGCCCCUUCAGUAAACAAUGAACGUUACCCACCAUGAAGCCUUCCGCCACAGCUGCAGCCCUGACGGUGCACCCUGAGGGGAUUUCAGGUUGGAGAAAAACAAGGUACUGCCCCUAGAUCGUUAAGAUGUGUAUCAAAGGAAUAAUUUCAAUGCGUCCAGCCACUUGCAUCUUCCCAUAUACAGAAAGGCACUAAAAUCAGUAUCUUGGGAUGUCUGGGUGUUUCGGUGUGAUUAGCAGUAAUCUUUCGAUGUUCAACUACAGGUUUUUGCAGCAAAAACUCCUAUAUAUCCUGGCUCCUCCCUUAACUCUUUGCUGCAGUUCCUCAGAGGUAUCUGAGAGGCUGAACCUCAGGCUAUAGUCCUCAGUAGGCCACCGAAUAAAACAUAAUUCUCAACUUUUAGGUUGCGCAACUAUCUUCAGUUGACAAUUAUUAAGGGAAAAUGUCUGGGCUAUUUCAAUCAGCAGCUAGAUUCUGCUCGCUGGGGACACGCUGACAGCAAAGGAAUGGUGCCUACCUCUCAGAACAAGGGAUUCUGAGGGGUUUUAAGACCUGGCAGAAGGUACUUGGAUACGUGUUUCUUUGCUGAGAAAGGUAGCACUUCAGCAAAAUAUCAUUCCUACAUGGUAAGAGUCCCUCAUAGGCUCAGCUUCCAUUAUUCUCCAUUUCGGAUCAGAGAUUCCUACUUGUAGACAAUUAAAAGAAGUAUCUCACUCAUGCCUGCCCUUUCCACUUCCAGGAUCCAGAGCCCCACUGACUGCUUAGCGGGUAUUUCACUCUGUAAGGUAACCCUGUUGAUUUAGUGCAAAAAAUUCUAGCAAAUAGGCAUUAUUAUGAGCAGUUGAUGGUGUGCGUAGGUCCUGUAGUAGAGAAUAACACGAUAGACACCCCCACCCUCACAAUUAACCCAACAAUGGAAGAAAGAAUCAGAAUUCUUCCCUAAUGGGCAGAGAGUCAGAACUCCUAUGGCCAAGUUCAGGACGGUCUUGAAAUACCAUCGCUACUCUCCCUCGCUUUGAGACUUCUAGCUGGGUAGAAUCCCAUUUCUUAAAGAACCCUUCUCUACAGCAAGAUAGCUCUCUGCAUUCACUAGCUAGAAAUCCAAAGUAGGAUUUUACAGAAAAGUAAACUUCUACCCAUGUUUGUGAUUCUAAAGCAUUAGGAAGACCUGACAAUCUGUAAAAAUGAAAAAACUACUGUACCUUCUAUGGCAUGGAUUAAAAUUCUAUAUUAGAGCUUUGUUCCUUUAGAUUUGGAGUUAUUAAAGAACAAAUAUU